CCGGCGAUCUACAAUUUUACUGGAGGAUAUGGAUUUAUCAAUAUCAGACACAGAAGCAGAUGAUUAUGCUAAAAAUGGGACUGAUGAUGAAUGGGUAGCAUCAGAAGAUGAUGAAUGCGUAGCAUCAGAAAAAAUACAUGUUAGGAAAAGAAAGUCUAAGAGCAGACGUGCAAGCAUGGAAGACAAUCAGUCAAAUAUCAGUUCAGAAGAUGUAAAAGAUAAUUCAACAGAAGCAAAUGGAGGUGCAUCUGGGGAAACUGCAUCAGGAAUCUGCUGCUCUUGUAGUAAAUCUUCUUCUUGCAAGACAAACAAAUGCAAGUGCAAAGCUCUGGGCGGCACUUGUGGGAGUUCUUGUGGUUGCUUAGCAUCCAAGUGUGCCAACAGAAUAUCAGUCUCGAAUGAGUCACAAGUUGAAGGGACUGGUAAUGCUUCCAGUAUUGAGGAAUCAAACAAAGAUCGCCUUCUUGCUGCUCAAGGGGCUGAAUUGCUUCAAGGUGCACUGGUUGAGGGGCCUGCUGAAGCCCACAGUGAUCAUGGGCCAAGAAAACCUCUUUCUGAUAUUGGAAAUACACUGGCCAAAUCAAAUGCUCAGAAGGCUAAUCCAAGAAAGAAAUGGGGGAAGGUGAAGCCCCCAGUACUUGUUGUUACAGAUCCUCCACCUUCCUCUGAAGAUAAUUCUGAAGUCCCCAAGAAAGAAGAUAAUAGCAUCAAUGAAGCGAACAUACCACUGAAAAUGCACUCAUCUAGACCUGAAAACUCUUUGGUUGCCCCUAAGGUAGAGAAAAAUAUAAUUGACACAGAUAUACCUUUGAAAAUACCUCGAGCUAUGCGAAAGCAAGCAUCAUCAAAUGGUGGUGGCCUUCCACUGGGGGACAUGAACGCUGGUAAGCCAGAUGAAUCUGUCACAAAGAAGGAGUCUGAAGUGAUUGAAGCUAGAAGUCCCGUGAAACAAAAAAGAACAUUUGAGAAAGAGAACAAUGGACGUUAAUCUUGCGUCCAUUUCUUACCCUUUCAAGGGCGAAGACCAGGACUUAAGACGCAUGGCAUUACCAUAUUCUUAUGGUGUAUCUGUUGAAGAUAAAGAAGGCGCGUGGUUUGUAUCGGGUGUCUAAACGUGUAUCGAUCAUUAUUUUCGUUUGUCUUCGGUAGACAAAUAUAUUAUUUGGCUUCCUUUUUUUUUUUUUUUUUUUGCUUGUAAGACAAAUUUAUCCAAACUCCAAAUGAUUCUGUGCUGGUGAUCAUCAAAUUAUCAUGGCAUAACCUUGGAGUUAAAUCACUUUGUACCAAUGAUCAGAAUGAAUUGAGUUGUUCAGUGGGAAAAAUUGGAGCUUAAGUUC